AUGGACCAGGGGUGGACUGACAACUCAUGGGGCCCCUGGGCAAUAGGGGAUCAUGGGGCCCCUGUGUCCUUGCCCAAACUCAAAAAAGCCUAUGAAAAAGGUACCAGGGGCAUCUCAUGGGGCCCCCUACUGACCCUGGGCCCUCGGGCAGUGCCCGAGUUUCCAAAUGGUCAGUCCGCCCCUGGUCCAAAAUUCAAAUCAAAUGUGAAUCGAACUCGAAAACUAAAUAGAAUUUGAAAAUGAUAUUGCAUCAAAUUUGAAAUCAAAUUAAAAAACAAAUUCAAAAUAUAAACAUAUUGCUGAAUAUUGCUGA